AUGGAGGAAGCAUUGUGUCCUAAGAUCGGCAUGGAGUUUCAGUCAGAAGAUGAGGCAUACAACUUCUACAAUAAGUACGGAUUAGUUGUUGGAUUCAGUGUUCGGAAAGACUACUUGAACAAGGAUAAAGACGGUGUAGUUACAUCGAGAAGGUACACAUGUUGCAAAGAAGAUUUCAAACCACGGUACGAAGGAGAUGUAAAACCAAAGAGAACUCGGGCUGAAACAAAAAUCAGAUGUGAAGCUAAAAUGGGGAUAAUUUUGAACAGAGAAACAAUGAAGUAUCAGGUUCGAGAUCUGGUAAUCGAGUAUAAUCACACACUACACAUUUCAGAAUGUGCUCAUAUGAUGCGUUCGCAAAGAAAAGUAAGUAUUUCUCAAGGAACCCAAGCUGAGAUUGCAAAUGAUACAGGAAUAUCCUUGAAACAAUCCCAUGAACUCAUGGGAAAAGAGGCAGGUGGAUUAGGCAAUAUUGGCUACACUCGUGAUGACUUAAAACGCUAUCUACGAACAAAAAGAGAGAGGGGAUUAAAGUAUGGUGAAGCUGGUGCAAUGCUACGAUACUUUGAAGAACAAAAAUUGGAAAAUCCGUCAUGCUUUCACGCAGAGCAGCUUGAUUGUGAAGAACAAAUUACAAAUAUAUUUUGGGCUGAUGCAUCAAUGCUGCUGGAUUAUACCUAUUUUGGGGAUGUGGUUACAUUUGACACCACAUAUAAAACUAACAAGGAGUACAGACCAUUGGGCGUAUUUGUGGGAUUCAAUCAAUUUAGACAAUUGGUUAUUUUUGGAGCAACUCUAUUGUAUGAUGAGACCAUUGAAUCAUUCAAGUGGGUGUUCGGUACAUUUGUAGAGGCAGUUUGUGGAAGGCACCCAAAAACCAUCUUCACAGAUCAGGAUGCAGCCAUGUCCGCUGCAAUUUCAGCUGUUAUGCCUUCAACAUACCAUGGUCUGUGCACUUUUCAUAUUAGAGUCAAUUUCAUGAAACACCUUGGGAACUAUUACAAGGAUGGUAGUAAUCUCCCAUAUAGAUUUGCUAAAUGUAUGUAUAAGAUAGAAGAUGAAAAUGAGUUUAUCAUGGCUUGGGAUGCAAUGCUAAAAGAACACAAGCUCGAAACAAAUGAAUGGUUGUGUGGCAUUUAUGCAUGUCGAAAGAAAUUGGCAAAAUGCUUCAUGAAAGGCGCCUGGACUGCGGGUAUGCGUAGCACACAACUAAGUGAGAGUCUAAAUGCUUCCAUAAAAAAUUAUCUGAAACUUGAUCAUGACCUGAAUGAAUACGAUGAAUCCACUACAAUGGUGAUCUUGGACCAAAAGCAUACUACAAUGCAUGUGGAAUACAGUGUCAGUCACUAUGAUGGAGGAAGGGAGAGAAGAGUGAUAUUGAAUCCAAUAACUAAAGACAUUACUUGUAGUUGUAAUCUUUUUGAGCAGGAAGGAAUCCUAUGCUCACAUGCUUUAAAGGUGUAUGAUAUGGUUGGAACAAAGUUUAUUCCUGAUCAAUAUGUGACAAAGAGGUGGACAAAGAAGGAAGGUCCGGAGGCAGCGUCGAUUGCAAGGGUAGAGAACUAUCAUCAGAUCCGUCUCUCUCUAUUUCCCAUCGAUAUAGGCUAUUAG